UGCCGAGCGGCUCGAGAGAGCGUGGCCUCAGUUGCGUCUCGUCUUUCACGGCGUUCGUGUCUCCCCAUCGACAUCGACUUCUCAUCAUUCUCUCUGUCUCGCUCCCUGCUCGCGUAUCUCCCUCUCUCCCUGCCGGCGAUAACGUAUAAAAAUAAAUAUGCCGUAUCGCGGUAAAUUACGACUGCUCGGCAGAGUGUGCCUCGCGUUCAGUAACGGAAAGACCGAGGGCAAUCCGUGUUUCGCCGUCGCCAGCAUUGCCGGCAGCAGAAACUUCUCUGUGAGCCACACGCUCGAUAUGAGGCAUGAUAUUAUAACGGAUGCGAGAAAAAAAAUAUCCAAUCUCAACGUAAACAUUUGUUUCGCCAGGAAUGACGAUUUCGACCUAAGGAAGGCAGUAGAGAGAAUAGUCGCCGAGGGCCGGAGCAUCACGCCCGAGGCCGACGUAAACUUCCUGGCGCCGGUCACGCGAAUGGACAAGCUCGUCUGCAUUGGCCUCAACUACAGCGGACAUUGUCAGGAGCAAGGUGUACCGACUCCGGAGAGUCCGGUGGUCUUUAACAAAUUUCCCAGCAACAUCAUCGGGCCGCACGACAACAUCCUGCUGCCGCAGAUCUCCGAUAAGAUCGACUGGGAGGCGGAGCUGGCGAUAGUGAUCGGCAAGAGAUGCAAAGGCCUGAAUAAAGACGACGUCGAGGACUGUAUCUUCGGUUACACAGUGGCGCAGGACAUAACGGCGCGCGACUGGCAGAAGCGGAACGGCGGACAAUUCCUGAUUAGCAAAGCGAUGGACACAUUCUGUCCCCUCGGUCCGGUCGUGGUCGCCAAGGAGGCGAUAUGCGACAUCAACAAUCUGUCCGUGAGGACAUGGGUGAACGGCAAUCUGAAGCAGGACUGCAAAACCAGCGAGCUCAUCUUCAAACCUCACGACAUAGUCGCUUAUCUUUCGCAAUUUAUGACAUUGUUACCAGGCGACGUGAUUCUUACUGGCACACCGGCUGGUGUAGGAUUCAGGCGUAAUCCACCUGAAUUUUUACAGCGUGGCGAUGUACUUGAAACCGAAAUCGAGAGUCUGGGACGUCUGAGAAACAAAGUGAUCUAAGAGACGGAGCACACCUUUGCAAAGCGUUAACAGAACUUCGUGAUCCUCAAAAGACUGGACCCAUGUUUCUUCAGGGAUAAACGCGAUGACGUUGAACUAAUCUAAGAGUUCGGAACCUGACCUCCAGAUACAAGGAUAACUACUCGAGCGAUGCCAAUAGUUUCAGCGCGAUUGCGAAUGUUGAUGCCAGAGAUAACAUCGCCCCUCUUCAGGGUACAAACAGAAAACGGGACAUUUACCAUCGAUAAUACAGCAACGCUAAUUUUCUAUUUGUCACAUACUUUACAUACUUGUAUAAUUAAAGCAAGAUUGUUUCUACUGUA